AAAUAAGUAACUUGCAGACUGCUACUUGUACUAAUUAUAGGCCAGAUUCAGGACCUCUAAUGGGCCUGGUGAAGGCUGCAAGGUGCCUAACGCUUGAUUCUGUAACCUUUACUUUCUACUUUAGGUUGUUGCAAAAUUCGUUGCUUUAACCUUUCCUACCUUUUAGUCCUUGAAAACACUCGAGGAAGUGCCAGCCCUGCAUGCUGCGGGCCGGUAGCACGCAGCUUAGCCCACUUUUGGUUUAAGCAAAUCCAUAUAACACAACAACUGUACAAACAGCACUCUCGCCGGCGCUGACGGCAUAACGAGGCCUGUGCUGCACGACUCUGAAGCAUAGCAUGAUGGCUGCCCAGCUAUCAACCAGCUUACCGAGCGACUCCCUCUUAUACAGCUUUACACCCGCGGUCUGCAGUCGUGGAGGCACGCCUUCACCGCCCCCCGUGGUGGGCUCUCGCAGGGCUCGGACCCAGUCCGUGACCGGCGAGUCAGUCCAACGACUGGAAGUCAACGACUCGGCAUCGGACCUCCAGCUGAGUCCUCGCUCCCCCAGCAUUCUCCACCUGCCCGGCAGGGCCCCCGGAGGUGGCAGCGGCAUCGCGGCCGUCGCCCGCAGCGGCAGCGCCGACCGCCAGAGCAUGGCCGCCACCCUCGCCAGCAUCAGCAUAGGGCCCGGCAACACCAACCCGAAUGCCGCCGCUAACGCCACCACACCUCUCUCCAGCUCCUCGACCCCAGCAGCAGCAGCGGCAGCAGCGCCCACGGCUGUAGCUUCUGUCAUGCCGCUGAUCGUGGCUGGCAGCAGCUGUUGUCCGGGAAGUGCCGGAAGCCCCCGGCACCCCGUCAGCAGCAGCAGCAGCCCAACCGCCGCCUCCACGGGCGGGUUGCCUAAACUGGAGCACCCUGGAGGGCUGCAUGCAUGCGGCGGUAAUGGUGGUGGGGUCGGAGGCGGCAAAGAGCUGCCGGCGCUGAUUAUAACAGGAGCGGGCCGGCGUUACUCGCACAGCGGCGGCACGGAGGGCUGCACGGCAGGGGUGUUGGAGUCCCCGACCGGCGGCGGCGGAGGUGGGAUUGUUGCCGGGGGUGAGUUUGUUAGCGGCGUGGCGGCGGUGGCGUUGCGGCAGGGCAUGUUGGCGCCGUUGCGGGCCGCAGCGGCUACGUCAGCGCUGCAUGCCGACGUGGUGUCGGCGGGUGGUGGUGGUGGCGGUGGUGGUGGCGGCGCUAAGAGUCAAGGAUGGUGCGGGGGCGGUGGCGCAGGCGGGAGUGUACCUAGCAGCAGCCGGCGAAGCAGCAUCGCGGGGCCGCUGGACAUCGGGCCGAUAGUGCUGCCAUGCGGUAUCAGCAGCCCCUACACGGCGGCUUGCGAUGUGCCGUCGCCGGUGACGCCGUCUCCCGCCGCCUCCCCAGCGCCGCUGCUGUCUCCGCCAGGCCGCCACCCCGGCCCCAUGGCGCCCCUCCCCGGCAGCCCCACCACCGCCACAGCCGCCAUGCACGUUGGACGUGGUCUGCGUGCGGACUGCUCGGAGGGCGGCCCUGCAGCAACAGCAGCCGACGACGACGAGGAGGACGACGAGGCGAGUGACGGUAGCAGCGGCGACAACCUGUACUGCGGCAGCAGCGCCGCCGGCGGAGGAAGCACCAGCAGCACAAUCGCGCAUCUAAGAAGCAUCAAUGACGACCUACAACGCGCCGCGGGCGCACUAUCCGCGCUACACGCGCUUCCGACCCGAUCCAGAUCGGACUCGGGGACCGCACCCAUGACGGCGGCUGCGGCAUCCUCGCCUCCGCCUCCGCCGCCGGCAGCGCUCACUGGGAGGCAGCUGCAGGCGCUCAAGGAGUCGGCUCCGGAGCUGCAUUCCGAGCUGCGGAUCGCCGUACGACGGGCCUUCCAGGUGAUCUGCCAGGAGGUUGCCAGGAGCGCGCCACGCGGGCGGAAGCUGGGCAGCUGCGUGCAUGAGUGCUGGGCGACACUGGAUGCGUUCCUCGAGGGCACUGCAGAGCUAACCUCCGUCAUGGUGGAAAACGCACUGGCAGCGGCAGCGGUGGCGCCGGCCGGGCUGUCCCCCCAUCCGCCCAGCGCGGCGACCAGCGGUGGCAGUCAUCAUGGCAGCGGCUGUCAUGGUGGACGACACCACCCCUCAUGCGGCACGGAGGGGCCCCACUCGCAUGACCCGGUGCGGGAGGUUGAGCGCAUGCGGGCGGCCAACAUGGAUCUCCAGCAGCAACUGGAGGAGUGCCAGGCACGCCUCGCGACUGCCGAAGCCACUUCCACCGGCCCUGCUGCUGCUGCCGCCUCCACACCCGGGGAAGCGGGCGGCGCGCACACGGGUAGUACACGUGCGGGGUGCAAGGGCGGCGGGGGCACGUGCCCUCGGCCUCCCGCUGCGUUCGCUUCCCCGCCGCAGGAGACAUGUCCGGGUACUUCCCCUAGGCGAGGCAGGCACGCGCGGGCGCAGCAGCAGCAGCAGCAACCGCGGCGGGAGAGCGACCCUGGUGUGCCUAGCAGCACUGGUGACCCGGGCGACGGCGGCUUCGUCAGUGCCGGAGGGGGCGCUCCCUGUGCCCCCAGAGAGGGCCGUGGGGCAGUGCUCGCACGCACGGGAAGCGUCGUGGAGAGCUGCAGCGGCGGGCGACAAGUCACCUUUGCCGCCGUCGUUGCUGCCGGCAAUGGCAGCAGCGGCGGGGGAGUUGAGUCGCCGCGCCUGUUUGGCGGCCGUACGACACAGCUUACGUCAUCGUCAUCGUCGGGGCUUCCGAGUCGGAUUUCCUCACAUGCGGAGUUGGUUAUUGAGGAUGAUUCGUCAGAGGAGGAGGCGGAGGAGGACGGGGAGGAAGGUACGGCUGCGGCCGGCAGCAGCCUCGAGGCGCGGCGGCGGCGUGGGCUGAUGCACUCUGCGUCCUUUGCGGAGUGGAUGGAGGGGCGCAUGGCUGCUGCUGCUGCUGCCAGGCGCCGGUGAGAGGGAAGAUGUGGAUAAAAAGAAGUAGAAGUGAAGGAGGAGGUGGAGGAGGAGGCAGAUAGCGGAGGUGCGCUGUGGUGAGGAGUUAGAGGGGAAGUGGUGGUGCAGGAAGGCAGGAAGGCAGGAAGGAGGGUGCAAGGAAGGGGCCUGGUGGGCGGCUGGUGGGCAGCUGUCGUCGUGUUUACAGACUGAGUUGGAUGUGGGCGAAGUGGACAUGAUUAAUUGUUGGCCGUGUGGGGCUUACACAUUUUUGUAUAUCAUGGUUUUGCUGGUUUGCUGCGCUGCUGCUGCUGGGGGUGCGGCAGGGUUCUUUCGCCGCUGGAUAGGCGCGCUUGUUGGUUAGGCGGCGUUUGUCCUGUCGUGUCAAAACGAUGCAGUGCUAAUUGUACAGCAUGCACGUACAUGCAUAUCAUUUGGGCAGGGCUGUCUGCAUGGCAAAAUGCCCCGACACGACUUAAUACAAGGCAUAGCAGCCAUCCGAAAGACAUGCUAACGUGACAUUCCUCCUUCAUGACCUUCAUAAUCUUAUUGAUAUUCGCGGGGAUUCAGACACACCUAGCCGUGGUCAUGUUGUGAUUCCUGUGAAGUGGCUACGGCAAUUCAUUACAAUGCCGAAGAGGCAGGCGCAGGGGUAGAGUCUAACAUGCUAUUUGGAUUAUUUUGAUAGCAGGGCUGACAGCACGAGAGGGGCAGCGGUUGGGAGGGUAGGUGCACGACAUGCGCUGGGCGGUCAAAUAGCCCUAAAUAUAUGGCAUGCAAGGAUGUGUGACAUGGGGUGUUGCGCCAUGUUGCUCCUCUCCUGCGUAAUUGCUUCAUGCAAGCAUGCAGGAAUCAUGUAUGUAAGGUGCUUCAGUGCUUUGUUGACAGGCUUAACUGAUUGAUUCGUUCGGUCGGUGUACGCUAGUCGCUGCUUUCGGUAUGUCCGGGGCUGUGCAGUACGGUAAGUGUACGACAUGGUAUCGGUUGUGGUGGGGGGCGGGUGUUGCCCAGGAGGAGGAGGAGGAGGAGCAGCGUCGCUUUGCACGUGCGCUGCCGUUGCGGGGAUAAUGCUUCGCCGUUAGGUGGUCGGCGGGGCUGCGGUUCGGUAGCUGAAAGAGGCCAUGUGUGUUGACUUUUUGCUGCUUUAUUAUUUUUUGAGGGUCGGCUAUACCGAGCAUGUAGAACCCCUUUCCCAUCCCGGGGCCCUCGCCUCGUGCUAGGACAUUGCACGAAACGGCAUGUAGUGCAUUCAUGUACUUGUGCGGGACGUCCAUGAACAAAAUGACUUCUAUGAAUAAAAUUAAAUUCUUGUAAAUAUGUACGAACUCCACGUCACGGCGAUCCCUAAACUGGCCUCUCCAAUCUCCAGUCAGGAGGGCGAGGGCUGCGACAUGCAAAGCCUGC